UGAGCACUUGAGCACUUGUACAUAUACCUCUUGCAAAUACUCUAACAACUACAGCAAAGGAAAAGCGAAGCGAGAGAGAAUCGAGAGUCUAUCACUGAUCAUUUCCGAUGGUCCACCGCCCGCGAUCUAUCAGAUUCAGGACUCUCUUGUCGCUCUCCUUAACCACUACUACAAGUUGCUCUGACAGCCGUUGUUUAGCGUUGUUCUUUUGCUUUGUUAGCAUUCCUUGGUUUUGUUUAUUAUUCUUUCUUUUCCAUAUUCUGUACAGUCGCUUCUUCAACUACUUGCUUGUUCUGCAUUCGGUUUGUCGCGUCCCGUCCUUUGCCUCCUAUCCAGCCACCGGCCUCAGCUCAGCUCAGCUCCUUCAACGACAGCUCCUAUUUCUCCCUUUCUAGGAACCAGAACGUGCCGGCUAGACCAAACGAGGGAGAAAAGGUAGCGAAGACGCCGUCCCAUUGUUAUUUAUUCUCCGACCUCCGUUUGAUCAGCUCGCCUCC